AUGGGCAAGAAGAAGGGCGCCAAGAAGAAGGGAUCCAAAAAGGCUCCAGAGAAACCGCCCAAGAUUCCAGGGCACACGCUUGGCGGGAUGCCGAUGUUCGUGCACGCGCUCUCAGGUCGACCGUUGGAGGUCACUGAGCUGCGUUUUGCCACCAUUGCCGCCCUCAAGGAACGCGUGGCCGAGCUGACCAAGUUUUCUGUCGACUGCAUGACGCUCUUGUUUCCAACGACGCCCCAGGAUCCAGAUGGUCAUUCGGUGGCUUCGAUUCGGGCCUUCCGCCCCAGCUGGCCUUGGCCAGCCGAUCUUCGCGUUCGAAUCCUUCACGACGCAGCCACGCUCUCUGCCUCUGGCCUCAAGGAGCACUCGGUCAUUUACGUCCUUGUUCGGCUGCAGGUGAUGGCUGGUACCAAUGUCUUUGAGCGCGAAGACGACCCCAUCAAGAUGAUGACCAAGCGCGCCGGCCAGCGCUUCUUGCAGCUAGCCCGUGGCCGACCCGUGGAUCCGUUUGAGACUGCUGCAGCAGCAGCAGAAGAAGCCAAGGCCAAAGUUAAGGACCCUUUUAAAAUAUAG